AUGGCCUCCCCGACCCCGACUGUUGGCCAAUGGGCACUGAAGAUACCUUAUGCUCAUGACAACUUCCUUCAGACGUACGAUGUCUAUCUCGUUGACCAGCCGGCUGUACCGUCCUCAACCGUUGAGCCGGCGGAGAAAAUCUGGUUCAUCUAUAUUCACGGUGGUUUCUUCCGCGAUGUACUAGUCGACUCCGCCUCGCUCCAUCCAGCUGUAUCGCUCCUCACAGCUACAGCGGCAGCGGACUCAUCGGUGCAGAAGAACAUUGCUGGGUUCGCCUCACUCAACUACCGUUUGUCCCCCUCGGCCAAGGUCCCGCAAGAUCCUUCGACCCCAGCCUUUGACCUGCGUGCUGCGGUGUGGCCGCAACAUCUGGAUGAUGUAUGUGCCGGCAUUCGCCAUUUGCAGGCGGCAUUCUCGUUCGGCGCCAACUACAUCCUGGCGGGCCACAGCGUCGGUGCCACGGUUGCUCUCUUGGCCGCGAUCAAGGGCAAGCAGUCACACGGCAUCAUACCCCCCAAGGCUGUACUCGGACUAAGUGGCAUCUAUGAUUUCCCCCUGCUCCAUGAAUCUCAUCCAGAGUAUGAGGCCCUCACGUUUAACGCGAUGAAGAGGGGCGAGGAAGUGGCCGCCAGCCCAGCCAUAUAUGAUGUGCAGACCUACAAGGAAGCUGGAGUGUCUCAAGUCUUGUUGGCACACUCCAAGGACGACGGACUAGUGCCGUGGAACCAGGUGGAGGCAAUGGAGACGGUGUUAGUACCUGGUGGUGAGGGCUAUGUGCGUGUGCUCGAGCUCUUUGGCAAGCAUAACCAGAUUUGGGCCGACGGAACAGAGCUCUCUCGGGCUGUUACUGCUGCUGUAGAGUCCUUGGUUGCGUAG